CACCAGCCUUGAGGAAACUAAGCUUCUUCUCUAUGUUUCAGUCCACUGCUUCAUCAUCGUGCUUUUAUUAAAUAUAACAUGAGGAUGAUCAGGAUCAACUGCUCCGUGUCUCUGGUGACUUUCCUGUGGAUGAUGAUUCUUGUCAGAGCAGAUUCUGACGUGACCUGUGUUGUCGAGGAAAGCUGCAUCUUACCGUGCAGUUUCCAGAAAGACCCUGAAGUAGUCAUCAAGUGGAUUAAGCUGACAGACGAACUCCCUCGUGUUCAUUCAUUUUCCAAGAAUCAAGACCAGCUUGGAGACCAGGACCAGGACUUCAGAGGCAGGACGUCACUGUCCAAGGAUCAGAUCUCCAGAGGAGACGCCUCACUGCUGCUGACAGGAGUCACGUCUGAGGAUCAGGGACAAUACCAGUGUUAUACGAGGACAAUCAGUGGAAUUGAGAGGUCAAUCAUCAACCUGAAUUUGAGAGACAAAGAUACUGACGUGACCUGUUAUGCAAUUGGAAACUGCAUGUUACCGUGUAGUUUCCAGGAAGGCCCUGAAGUAGUCAUCCAGUGGACUAAGCUGACAGACGAACUCCCUCGUGUUCAUUCAUUUUCCAACAAUCAAGACCAGCUUGGAGACCAGGACCAGAACUUCAGAGGCAGGACGUUACUGUUCAAGGAUCAGAUCUCCAGAGGAGACGCCUCACUGCUGCUGUCAUGGAUGAAGGCUGAAGACCGGGGAAAAUAUGAGUGUUACACGAGGACAACCAGUGGAGUCAAGACGUCAAUCAUCAACCUGGAAACAGACAAUAAUUCAGUCGCAUUUGGAUUCAUCAUAUUUGGAAUAGUCGUAGCAGUAAUCAUAGGCAUAUGCAUAUGCCUAUUCCUAUUCUUUUGCAUAGCAGUAUGCGUAUAUACAUGCAAAGACGAAACCAACUCCUAACAGUCCAAUACAACGAGAGAGGAAACAGAGAGAACGGAGGGAAAAGGAACAGAGGGAAUGGGAACGGUUUAAACAGUGGCUUGAAAUGAGGAAUCAACCAACAAGUCAACAACUCCUCUCUGCUUCAUCCUGACUCUGAUCAAACUGACCAGAUUUAUCGUGAAUAUUUUCUCUGAAGACUCCAUUGAUCUGAUCAGUCCUGUGUUUGUAUUAAAUGACCUGGAGAAAUUCAUCACAUAUGGACAAACUGGAGAAACAAGGACUCUGAACUCUGGACUACAGGAUUAAAUGAUACUUAAGAAACUGGCAGCUGAACUCAUCAGACUAAGACUUUAAUGAUCCAUGAGGGAAAAUACUUUGUCACCAGAGCUUCUUUGGACAUAAAAGUAAAUAUCCAUAAAAAACACAAAAAGAUAAAAUAAAACUAGAUAAAAUUAAAUAAAAUAAAAAUAAGAAUUAUCUAGCAAAAUAAAAUAAAAUAAUUUACAGAAUUAGUCUUAGAA